UUCUUUUUCUCUCCCGAACCCUAUCCAUUCGCUGCAACUGGGUGGAAACCAUAAUUGGCCUAUAUAAUAUACGGCUCCCUCCUUCUCCUCUCUCGCUGAGCUUGCUUCACAAACCGAUCGGGAAAAACCAAACGAAUCCCACAUCCCCCCCAAAAGGCAAAAACCCCUUUCUCCACAUCAAAGCAAUAAUCAGGUUUUCCAGUUUCCCCAUACAGAACCCUGGAAUGGAAUUGACUCUAUCCAAUCACUGCCUCCUCCUCCCUUCCUCGCUGAGUUCCCGCCACAGUGGUAGCCGGAAUCCAUAUCGGAGCCUGAGCUUCCGGUUCGAUUCCGGCAACGGGCUUGGAGGGAGUACUGCCUUGGUUGUUCAUCGGAGAUCAUCAGCGGUUGUUGUGGCUCGAGCUGGGUCGAGCCACUGUGAGCCCAGUAGUAGUAGCAGCAGCAGCAGCAGCAGCAGUAGCGGAAGCCUGAACACGCCGCUGGAGCCGCGUUCAGCUGCUGGGAAGUUCCUCAGCGGCGUGUUUCAGAACCAGAAGCAGCUGUUUCAUCUCGCCGUUGCCGAUGAGCUGAAGCUUUUGGCCGGGGAGAGGGAUGAUGCUGCAGCUCGCCUGCUGCGCAGCUCUGGUUCCGAUGAAGCUGUCCUUCACAGGAGGAUCGCUGGAUUAAAAGAGCAGGAGUGCCAAGUUGCAGUCGAAGAUGUCAUGUAUAUGAUGGUUCUAUACAGAUUCUCGGAGAUCAGGGUCCCUCUGGUUCCAAAGCUCUCUAAAUGUGUUUACAAUGGCAGACUGGAGAUCUGGCCUGCUAAAGACUGGGAGCUGGAGUCUAUACAUUCGUUCGACGUGUUAGAGAUGAUUAAGGAACAUGUCUCCACUGUGAUUGGCCUUCGAUCGGAUUCAAGCGUCACUGAUACCUGGGCCACAACGGAGAUCCAGCAGGUACACCUUGGUCAGAUGUAUGCUGCCUCCAUCCUAUAUGGAUACUUUCUCAAGUCUGCCUCGCUGAGGCAUCACUUGGAUCGAUCUCUAGAUGUGCAUCAGAAUGAUCACCUCCAUCUCGCUCAAAGUUCAGGUCGUCUGUAUUCAGAGAGGUCCAACCAUGGGCCGUCCUCGAAUCUUAUCUUUGGCCAUGGUUCAUCUAAACGGGAUUCCAAGAGUCGUCAGAGUUUGAGGUCCUACGUAAUGGGAUUCGACGCUGAGUCGUUGCAGAGAUGCGCGAGGUUGAAAUCGAAGGAGGCUUUGAAUUUGAUCCAGAAGUACAGCUGUGCGCUUUUCAUGGACGAGAAGACUGGUCUGGUGGCGAGCGAUGAGACUGUAGUGACCUCAUAUUCGAGCCUGAGGAGGUUGGUCUUGGAAGCAGCGGCGUUCGGAACAUUUCUAUGGGACACGGAAGAGUAUGUGAACUCUGUGUUUAAGCUGAAGGAGAUUGACAACAAUUAGGGAGAUUAGGAUGUUAGUUAAGAGAGGAGGUUCCAGCAUUGUGAGUCUUGAGUUCUUUUUUGGUUUGCUGUAUAUAGCAGUUUGGGGAUAGUAAAUAUGAUGUACAGUUUAAGAAACACAGGCCUAUUACGAGUCUUAUCAUGUAUGGAAUAAGGCAUUCAAGUCCUGAAAAAAAUCAUGCCUCCUAUGAGCUGCAAGUUGGUUGCCAAACGCAACUGCGAAAAGCAGGGAAUUGGGAGUGAAUUCCAGUGAAUACACUGCGAUGUUACAGGAUUGAUCUGUUUAUAA